AUGGCGCAUCCAACUUCCAAGGCCGUUAUGUCGGCCGAAGAGCGUGCCGAGAAGCAAAGAUUUUCUCAGGCCGAAAAGGUCUACGGCCGUGGCAAAGCAGUAUCAUCGAAGGGUGUUCAUGACAAGAAGCUUCGUGCCAACCUUAAGGCGCAAGAAGCAAAACAAAAACAGGCAAUUUUGCAAGCGAAGGAUGCCGAGAUUCUGCUGGAGCAUGAGGCGGGAUUCCUUGAGCCUGAGGGUGAAAUCGAACGAACCUACAAAGUGCGACAGGAUGAGAUUCAAGAGAGCGUUGGAAUCGAGACUGCGAAGAAGGGCUUCGAGCUCCGAUUGAACGACUUCGGUCCCUAUCGCAUGGACUACACACGGAACGGUCGCGAUCUUCUAUUAGCUGGUCGCAAGGGUCACGUUGCGACAAUGGAUUGGCGAGAUGGCAAACUGGGCUGUGAGCUCAACUUGAACGAGACAGUUCGCGAUGCGCGCUGGUUGCAUAAUAACCAGUUCUUUGCGGUUGCGCAGAAGAAAUAUGUUUACAUUUACGAUCAUCAAGGUGUUGAAUUGCACUGCUUGAGCAAGCAUUUGGAGCCUCUUUUCCUUGAAUUCCUGCCCUACCACUUCCUUCUUGCCAGUGCUCAAAUGAGCGGUUACCUCAAAUACACUGAUACCUCGACAGGUCAAACUGUCGCGGAACUUCCUACCCGUCUUGGACGCCCGACUGCCCUCUGCCAGAACCCAUCUAACGCUAUUCUCCACGUUGGACACCAGAACGGAACUGUGACUCUGUGGUCACCAAACUCUCAGACCAACCUUGUCAAGGCUCAAGUGCACAAUGGACCAGUCCGUUCUCUUGCAAUUGACCGCCUGGGUCGCUACAUGGUCUCUACUGGCCAAGACCAGAAGAUGAAUAUUUGGGAUAUUCGUAUGUUCAAGGAAGUUCACUCAUACUCUUGCUACCAACCCGGUGCAUCCUUGUCAAUCAGUGACCGUGGUCUUACAGCCGUUGGCUGGGGUACACAAGUCAGCGUUUGGCGCGGUCUCCUUGAUGCCGCACAGGCAGACCACGAGAAAGUGCAAAGCCCCUACAUGGCGUGGGGUGGUGACGGCCAGCGUAUCGAGAAUCUCCGCUGGUGUCCUUACGAAGAUGUGCUCGGUGUUGGACACGACCAAGGUUUCGCUAGUAUCCUCGUCCCCGGUGCCGGUGAGCCCAACUUUGACUCCCUCGAGGCAAACCCUUACGAGAACGUCAAACAACGACAGGAGGCCGAGGUUCACUCGCUGCUUACAAAGUUGCAGCCGGAUAUGAUCUCUCUGGACCCCAACGUUAUUGGUCGUCUCGAUACUAUCAACGACAAGAAGAUGCGGGAGGUGAAGGAUCUCGACCGUCGGCCCGAGGAGCAUAUGGAGAAGAUCAAGAACCGUGGUCGUGGCCGCAACAGUGCUCUGCGCAAGUAUCUGCGCAAGAAGGGUCAAGGCAAUGUUAUCGACGAGAAGAGACUCAAGGCCGAGGCUUUGCGCAAGGACCAUGCCGAGCGUCGCAAGGGCCAGCUUCAAAAGGCGCGCGACGAUCUGGGCCCUGCCUUGGGUCGCUUUGCCAAGCGGGAUGCUUGA